GAAGCCGGCAAAGGAAUACGACAUCGAAAUGGAUCACAAGCGGAUAUUAUUUUUGUUCAGCAUUGCCGCCCUGCUCCUAUGUAAUUUUGUAAGCGCCGAUGAAACGGAAUCGGAAGUGGUGGCGGAGGAGCCGAGCUCCGCCCAGCUGCUGGCGGCCGGGGAAACUGCCCAGGCUGAUUCUGGAGAUGAGAACGUUAGGAAAGUGCGUCAGUACUUCGGGCCACCACCGUUUGGACCUCCGCCACCACCUUUCUUUGGGCCACCGCCACCACCGUACUACGGCGGUGGUUUUGGUGGCGGAUUCGGCGGUGGCUUCCAGAGAACUCGAGUGGUCACCCGCACCCGUUACCGCGGUCGCGGUGGCUACUACGGCGGUGGAUUCUACGGCUAAUCAGCUAGCAUGGAUUCGAUUGUGCAGACUUUGUGAUACUUCUUUUGUGCUGCCCCUUGGGGUGCAAUAAAACUGCUUGCCUUAUGCAAGUCAAUUCAA